GCUUCGGUUGCGACUUGACUGAUACUCGAUAGGCAGCACCGAAGUACUACCAUGCAAGUCUCACUCCACCUCAACAACCAUCAACUCCCAUGGACCGUACAGUCCCGUCACCGCCUCAGACCACCGUCACCUUCUGCCGUCAGAAUCCGUCCUCUACCAUCCAUCACCGCCGUGGCUGCUCCACCAACACCACCAGUAGCAAUAAAGCACCAUAAGACCCACUCUAUGCCACCGGAGAAGGUAGAGAUAUUCAAGUCCCUAGAGAAUUGGGCCGCACAAAAUGUGCUGCCGUUUCUAAAACCAGUAGAUCUGUGCUGGCAGCCACAGAACUUCCUUCCUGAUCCUGCAAUGCCGUUCGACGAUUUCACCGAUCAAGUCCGGGAGCUACGUAAUCGGACUUCCGAGCUGCCUGACGAGUACUUCUUGGUGCUGGUUGGUGAUAUGAUCACUGAGGAAGCACUGCCUACGUAUCAGACCAUGAUUAACACACUAGACGGCGUUAGGGACGAGACCGGAGCCAGCCGAAACCCAUGGGCCGUGUGGACCCGGUCCUGGACUGCUGAGGAGAAUCGGCAUGGUGAUCUGCUUAAGACUUACUUGUAUUUAUCGGGUCGGGUUGAUAUGGCAAUGAUCGAGAAGACGGUGCAGUAUUUGAUUGGAGCCGGCAUGGACCCUGGAACAGAAAACAACCCCUACUUGGGCUUCGUGUACACGUCAUUUCAAGAGCGAGCCACAUUCGUAUCGCACGGUAAUACGGCGCGUUUAGCCAAGGAAGGAGGUGAUCCAGUACUGGCGCGCAUAUGCGGGACUAUCGCAGCAGAUGAAAAGCGUCACGAGAACGCCUACGCUGGGAUCGUGGAAAAGCUCGUCGAGGUGGACCCCAAUGGUGCAAUGCUAGCUAUAGCCGAUAUGAUGCGCAAGAAAAUCACUAUGCCGGCGCAUUUGAUGUAUGAUGGGCGGGAUCCAAAUCUCUUUGAACACUUCUCGGCGGUGGCCCAGCGUAUGGGAGUGUAUACGGCUGAUGAUUACGCAGAUAUUUUGGAGUUCUUGAUCGGACGGUGGAAAUUGGAGAAGUUGGAAGGACUGACGGGGGAGGGGAGACGCGCACAAGACUUUGUGUGUGGGUUAGCACCUAGGAUAAGAAAGCUGCAGGAGAGAGCUGAUGAGAAGGCUAAGAAACUGGGGCCAAAAGGCGUGAAAUUUAGCUGGAUUUUCAACAGGGAGAUCCCCUUGUAAAAUCUUUGGGUGCUUUUCGCUUUUCGUUGUUUUUUCUUUUUCCCUUCAAAGAAAAACUCUGAAAUUACGUUCUUUC